UGUGUAUGUCUCUCGUUUAGUGUAACUACCAAAAAUGUGACCAUGUUCGUUUUUUUUUUUUUGAGUGUGAAAAAAAGGUCGAAAAUAAAGGUUUUUUUUUUUUUUUGGUCUCUCUUUCUUUUCUCUCUCUCUCUCUUUCUUUCUUUUUCAUUCGUCUCACUCUUUCCUUUUCCAUUUCCUCUUCCUCUUCUUCCCCUUUUUUUCACUUUUUUUUUUCUUUUUUCUAUCUUUCUUUUUUUCUUUCUUUCUUUCUUUCUUUCUUUUUCUAUUCAUUACAUAUACAGAAUAUCUCUAUAUAUACAUAACUAUAUAUUUUAUAUACAAUAUACACCAUCACCACGUACACAUACAUAUUCUUUCUCUGUCAUACACACACACAAAAUACAUAUAACUUAUCCCAUCCUAAGGUCACUUCCUACCAUUACGCCACUUUAGGGUAUCUUGACAUCACAAUAUUAUGGACUCUUCCCAAUGUACACUUGUGAUAUUAGAGCCAACUCAAAACUACUAUAGCAAAUUAGCUUAUCCUUAUAUAGAUACCUUGACUUCUGUCUUUGGAGAAGGUAUAAAUUGUUAUAUAUAUU